AUGCAGCGCAGAUCAUCAGGUACCCAAAGACAGCGAGCUUUACAGGCCUGUGACUUUUGUCACUCCAGAGGCCUGAAGUGUCGCCGAUCAUCGGUAACCGAGGCGACGCCCCGGGAAGGUCACCGAGCUUGUCUCACAUGCAUCGACUACGGGGCCGAAUGCGCUAUGACCCGACCUGUGCGGAAACGAGGUCGGAAGCCAACGGUGGCAACUGGGAAAGGCAACAACCAGAAGCACACCGAGAAUGAGAGCUCUAAUUUCAGGUCUCCGCAUUGCAUCCGUCGUCUGAUAGAUAUCUACCGGGACACAAUGUACCAGUGCUAUUUUCCAUUUCUUUCCGAGAAUGACCUCGAACGACGGUGGGCAGACAGUAUACCUAGUACCAGGGAGACAGCAUACCUGCUUCUGAUGGCACUAUGUGCACUGAGCGCCCAGAGUCUCACCCUCAAAGCGGUAUUCGAUAGCUCAUUGCUGGGCGAUGUUGUCUCCCAUGAUGCCAACAUCUAUUUCGACGAGGCUGUCUCCCACAUUCCAGCACGAAUUCCGGAUACACCUGAUCUUGACUACCUACGGUCAUUCGGCCUCUUGGCUGUGUUCUCACUGAGAAGCGGUAGCAAGAGUGAUCUUCAUAGAUAUCUCGGAUUAUGCCACGCUUGGAUCGCUCAACAUGGGUUCAAUAUGGAGAAUAACUGGGACAGCUCUAUAUCUCUACUUGAGGUAGACGACCGAAGACGUCUAUUUUGGUGCGUCUAUCGGCUUGAGAUUCAUUCAGCCUGCGUACUUGGGCACAUCAUUCGACUUCCCGAGGCCCAGGUCUCAGUGCUUUAUCCUCGUAUCACACCUGCUAUGAGUCGUGAGACGCAGGCCUGGACGGCUGGGUGGGAUUACAUCACCGAUCUCUUCCGAUUGAUGGAGUAUGCGAUACUUAAUCUUCGUCAGCGAAAGCCCCACAGGGAUGUCGUUGCCGUGUUUUGCGACCCACCAUCCCCGCGGGCAUUGCUCGAUAGUCUGGAUCAACUAAAAGCCAGCAAACCUUUUAUACUCCGUGUACUUUCGCAUUCACAUGACGACCUGCAGAGCAAUCGAUGCAAGUUUAUGGCAGUUCAGAUAACUUGCACUGAGGCACUGGUAAAUAUCAUGGGCCUGCUUCAUUGCCAAGCCCCAGUUGAUGAGGUGAUCAAAGUGGCAGAAGAAUUUCUCAAUGAGAUCACCGAAGCUUCCCUCAUCAUGUUCAAGGUUGCGAGCAGUCAGAUCGUUCACCAGUUGCUUGGUGUUGGCCAUAUGGUGUAUAAUGCAUUUCUUUAUGACGAGAACCAAUCUCAAUUUGCUGUCGGGCGGCUGGUUACAUAUCUGGAGGACAUUGUCAAGAACUUGGAACAGGAUAUUCCUACGGCGACCGAGGCAAGAGAGCAAUUGCGAAAGCUGGCAAAAUGUAUUAUAUAA